UGACGUUUCCAGCAGGAUGAACAGGGCCCAUUUUGAAGAGUUGUGUGCACGGUAUUUAAUGCGGGUAGAGACGCCGCUGAAGGCCGCCCUUGAACAUUCAAAGCUGAGCCGAGACGACAUCUACUCCGUGGAGAUAGUGGGAGGCGCGACAAGAAUGCCGGCCGUCAAAGACCGGAUCGCCAUGUUUUUUGGCAAAGACGUUAGCACCACGCUCAAUGCUGACGAGGCUGUCGCCAGAGGCGCUGCUCUUCAGUGUGCAAUCUUGUCUCCGGCGUUUAAAGUGCGUGAAUUUUCGAUCACCGAUGCUGUUCCGUUCCCGAUUACUCUGCGCUGGAAAUCAGCAACAGAAGAUGGACUCGG